AUGGGUGUACCGCUUCCUGAAGUGAUAUACUCGGCGGUUAAGCCCAUCAUCCGGAUGUACAUGAUCAUCCUGACGGGCUUUGUUAUGACGAAGCUCGGGUUUGUGAGCGUGUCCACCACCAGAGCAAUCAGCGACCUCGUGUUGCUCCUCUUCAUGCCUGCUCUUAUCUUCGACAAGAUCGUGUCCUACAUCUCGAUAUCCGACAUCAAGACCAUCGGCGUGAUUUGCCUGUCGGCGUUCAUGAUGUACUGCUGCAACGCCGGCGUCACGGCGGUGAUCGUGACGCUGACUCCCGUGCCCAAGAAAAAAAACCAGUCCUGGAUAGGAGGAGCCAUGCUUGCAGGAAUAAUGCAGAACGUCUCCGACCUGCCGAUCUCGUAUCUGCAAGCCAUGACAACUUUCUCGGACGACGAGAUCAACAAGGGUACCGCCUACGUGAUCAUCUGGCUCACCAUGUAUAUAAUUGUGCAGUUCAACUGCGGGAUGUUCCAACUGGUGGAACUGGAUUUCCGACGCAAACGAGACGCAGAGGAAAAAUCGCAGAGCCUUGAGCUGCCUACAAUUCGCGAAGAUAAGGCCCCCGGGCGCGACACAGACAUGGACCACGACCGCGCGUCGCCCAAGUCGUCGUUGUCCGGGUCGAGUCUCUCCAGCAUCGACUCUGCUCCCGCGAGCGAAAAUUUAAAUCCGCACGCGCUACUUUCCAACACCACCUCGCACAAUUCGCACAGCACCCGGUACCCUGUCUCGCGAAUCCCGUCGGCACGGUCGCACCACGACUACGCGCUGAGCCAGUGCAACUCGCACGCGUCGUCCGCCGCGUCGUCGCACCGUUCCAGCGUGCUCACUCAGCCGCACGUCCAGGAACUCAUCAGAGAAUACUCGCGCCACGAACCCUACAAUAGAGACAUCCCGACCAACAUGAAGAUCAUCACAGAGACCAACCUGAGCUCCAAGGACAUUGAGAACUCCGCAAAGGCUCCGUGGGUCAGACGAUACAAGCUGCAUUACUUGAUUUUUUUUGUCAAGAACCUGAAAAAGCCAAACUCCAUCGUGCUCAUCAUCUCGCUCAUCAUUGCAUUAAUUCCAUGGCUAAAGGCGCUGUUUGUGCAGACCACAGUGUACAUGCCCAACGCCCCCGACCACCAGCCACCGCUGUCCUUUAUUCUCCAGUACGCGCAGUACUGUGCCAUGCCCUGCGUCCCGCUGGGAAUUUUUUUAAUCGGGUCGCUUUUGGGCCGGCUGCAGAUUAACGACAUCCCCAAGGGUUUCUGGAAAUGCGUGCUCUGCCACACGGUCUACCGUCUGUGCGUCUUGCCAAUCAUCGGCAUUCUGUGGGUCGACCGCAUGAAAAAGGCCCACUGGCUCACAGACCCCAUGGCCAUGUUUGUCACGUGCAUGGAGUUCUCGCUCCCGUCUGCCACCAUCCAGGUGUAUCUGACGGCCAGCAACAUGGACCCGGAGGACGAGAACCCGCUGCAGAUCAACUGUCUGUCGCUAUACCUGAUUGUCCAGUACACGUCGCUGGUGGUGACGAUGCCGAUAGUUGUCUGCUACACGUUGAAAAACGUUGUGCACAUAUAA